CCACCCCUCUCUCGCCCCGCGGACCCGCGCCUCAGCUGGCAGCAGCGCCUCGCCCACUCCUCCCGCCCUCCCCAUCCCUAGCUGCUCAAGAACGGCAGCGCCCGGCACGUUCCCGGAGGACCCCGGGGGCCGUACGGGAAGGAGAGCCGAGGCAGGGAGACCGGAACGGUAGCAGCAUGCGUCCUCCGGGAGCUGCCUCGGCGCCCAGGGUCUGAGCUGCAGCCCCAGUUCUCCAUCCAUUGUGAGCCGCCGCCGGGGCCCCGCUGCACCACCGUCCCUCUGGGUCCGCGGCCGCGCCACGAUGGGGCACCUGCCCGCGAGCACCCGCUGCGGCCGCCGCCUCCUGCCUCUGCUCGGGCUCUUUGUGCUGCUCAAGAAUGCUACAACACUCCACGUAACUGUUCAAGAUGACAAUAGCAUCGCUGUCUCUCUAGAAGCUUCAGAUGUCACAAGCCCAUCAUCUGUGUAUGUUGUGAAGAUAACUGGUGAAUCAAAAAGUUACUUCUUCGAAUUUGAGCAAUUCAACAGCACUCUCCCUCCUCCUGUUAUCUUUAAGGCCAGUUAUCACGGCCUCUAUUAUAUAAUCACUCUGGUAGUGGUAAAUGGGCAUGCGGUUACCAAGCCAUCCAGAUCAAUCACUGUGUUAACAAAACCUCUCCCUGUAACUAGUGUUUCAAUAUAUGACUAUAAACCUUCACCUGAAACAGGAGUCCUGUUUGAAAUUCAUUAUCCAGAAAAAUAUAAUGUCUUCACAAGAGUAAAUAUAAGCUAUUGGGAAGGUAAAGACUUCCGGACAAUGUUAUAUAAAGAUUUUUUUAAGGGAAAAACAGUAUUUAAUCAUUGGCUACCAGGAAUAUGUUAUAGUAAUAUCACCUUUCAGCUGGUAUCUGAAGCAACUUUUAACAAAAGUACUCUCGUGGAGUACAGUGGUGUUAGUCAUGAACCCAAACAGCAUAGAACUGCCCCUUAUCCACCUCGAAACAUCUCAGUUCGUAUCAUAAACUUAAACAAAAACAAUUGGGAGGAAGAGAGUGGCAGUUUCCCAGAGGACUCCUUCCUGAGGCCACAAGACACAACGGGAAGAGACAAACUCCUCGGUUUUACAGAUGAAACUCCUGACACCCCCUCUGGCAACUUUUCUUCUGGUUGGCCUGAUGUUAACAGCAGUGACUAUGAAACUACCCCCCAGCCAUACUGGUGGGACAGUGUGUCUGCCACUCCGGAAGGCGAGGACGGCUUUGCCAGGGUGCUUCCCUUGGGAUACGAAAAUGUCACACUCAGCGAGACCGAGAAGCCAACGUCAGGCUCCUCCUCAUCGUUCCCGAUGCAGAUGAUACUGAGCUGGUUGCCACCAAAGCCACCCACUGCCUUUGACGGGUUCCAUAUCCACAUAGAAAGAGAAGAAAACUUUACUGAACAUUUGACAGUGGCUGAAGAAGCACAGGAAUUUGUUACAGAACUGAAGGAGCCUGGGAAGUAUAAGUUAUCUGUGACAACCUUUAGUUCCUCAGGAUCUUGUGAAACUCGAAAAAGUCAGUCAGCAAAAUCACUCAGUUUUUAUAUCAGUCCUUCAGGAGAGUGGAUUGAGGAACUCACCGAGAAGCCCCAACAUGUGAGUGUCCAUGUUCUAAGCUCAACCACCGCCUUGAUGUCCUGGACGUCCUCUCAAGAGAACUACAACGGCACCAUUGUGUCUGUGGUGUCCCUCACCUGCCAGAAACAAAAGGAGAGCCAGAGGCUGGAAAAGCAGUACUGCUCGCAGGUGAACUCAAGCAAAUCUGUUAUUGAAAAUCUGGUUCCUGGUGCCCAAUACCAGGUUGUGAUGUACCUAAGAAAAGGCCCUUUGAUUGGACCACCUUCAGAUCCUGUGACAUUUGCCAUUGUUCCAACCGGAAUAAAGGAUUUAAUGCUGUACCCCUUGGGCCCCACAGCAGUGGUUUUGAGCUGGACCAGACCCUACUUAGGAGUGUUCAGGAAAUACGUAGUUGAAAUGUUUUAUUUCAACCCCGCAACCAUGACAUCAGAGUGGACAACCUACUAUGAAAUAGCAGCGACCGCCUCCUUAACUGCAUCAGUGAGAAUAGCUAAUCUGUUGCCAGCGUGGUACUACAACUUCCGAGUGACCAUGGUGACAUGGGGAGACCCAGAAUUGAGCUGCUGUGACAGUUCCACCAUCAGCUUCGUUACAGCCCCAGUUGCUCCAGAAAUCACUUCUGUGGAAUAUUUCAACAGUCUGUUAUAUAUCAGUUGGACAUAUGGGGAUGACACAACUGAUCUCUCCCAUUCUAGAAUGCUCCAUUGGAUGGUGGUUGCAGAAGGAAAGAAGAAAAUUAAAAAGAGUGUAACACGCAAUGUCAUGACUGCAAUUCUCAGCCUGCCUCCAGGAGAUAUCUACAAUCUCUCUGUAACUGCGUGCACUGAAAGAGGAAGUAAUACCUCCAUGCUCCGCCUUGUCAAGCUAGAACCAGCUCCUCCGAAGUCACUCUUUGCAGUGAAUAAAACCCAGACUUCAGUGACGCUGCUGUGGGUGGAAGAGGGGGUAGCCGACUUCUUCGAAGUCUUCUGUCAACAAGUUGGCUCUGGUCAGGAAACAAAACUGCAGGAACCGAUUUCUGUUUCUUCUCAUGUUGUGACCAUCUCCAGCCUUCUUCCUGCCACUGCCUACAACUGUAGUGUCACCAGCUUUAGCCACGACAGCCCCAGUGUCCCCACAUUUAUAGCCGUCUCAACAAUGGUUACAGUGAUGAAUCCCAAUGUGGUAGUCAUCUCAGUACUGGCCAUUCUUAGCACCCUGCUGAUUGGAUUGCUGCUGGUCACACUGAUCAUUCUCAGGAGAAAGCAUCUGCAGAUGGCUAGGGAGUGUGGAGCGGGAACUUUUGUCAAUUUUGCAUCCUUGGAGAGGGAUGGAAAGCUUCCGUACAACUGGCGUAGGAGUAUAUUUGCUUUCCUAACCCUGCUACCUUCAUGUCUUUGGACUGAUUAUCUUUUGGCAUUUUAUAUUAAUCCUUGGAGUAAAAAUGGUUUAAAGAAGAGAAAACUGACUAACCCGGUUCAACUGGACGACUUUGACGCCUACAUCAGGGAUAUGGCCAAAGACUCUGACUAUAAAUUUUCUCUUCAAUUUGAGGAGUUGAAAUUGAUUGGACUGGAUAUUCCACACUUUGCUGCAGACCUUCCACUGAACCGAUGUAAAAAUCGUUACACAAACAUCCUACCAUAUGACUUUAGCCGAGUCCGAUUAAUCUCCAUGAACGAAGAGGAAGGAGCAGACUACAUCAAUGCCAACUACAUUCCUGGAUACAACUCAUCCCAGGAGUAUAUUGCCACCCAGGGGCCACUGCCUGAAACCAGAAAUGACUUCUGGAAGAUGGUCCUCCAGCAGAAGUCUCAGAUUAUUGUCAUGCUCACUCAGUGCAAUGAGAAGAGGAGGGUGAAAUGUGACCAUUACUGGCCGUUCACGGAAGAUCCCAUCACUUACGGAGACAUCACUGUGGAGAUGGUCUCAGAGGAAGAGCAGGAUGACUGGGCCUGCAGACACUUCCGGAUCAUCUACGCGGACGAGAUGCAGGACGUGACACAUUUUAACUACACUGCGUGGCCUGAUCACGGUGUGCCCACAGCCAACGCUGCAGAAAGCAUCCUGCAGUUUGUGCACGUGGUCCGACAGCAAGCCACCAAGAGCAGAGGCCCCAUGAUCGUGCACUGCAGCGCUGGCGUCGGCCGGACGGGAACGUUCAUCGCCCUGGACAGGCUCUUGCAGCACAUUCGGGAGCACGAGUUUGUCGACAUCUUAGGGCUGGUGUCAGAAAUGAGGUCAUACCGGAUGUCCAUGGUACAGACAGAGGAGCAGUACAUUUUCAUCCAUCAGUGCGUGCAGCUGAUAUGGACGAAGAAGAAGCAGCAGUUCUGCAUCAGUGACGUCAUCUACGAGAAUGUCAGCAAGUCCUAGUCGGAAUCUGGACCAAACAGGACCCGGUGUGCGCCCAUCCUCCCUUGCUUCCAGAGUGUUGAGGGGCUUCUGCUAGCCAUUUUGCCAAGAGGAACCCCUGCUUUAUCAUAUGUGGCCAACGAGAUGGUGUAUCUUAUAGAAGCACCGGGAAGACUAAGCCUUAAAGAGCCUACAGUGUCUUUUGGACUCUUUCACUGCUGGACACUUAAGAACAAACCAAAUUCAACAGAACACCCGGAGGUCCAGACGCUCUGCGGAGAGCAGGAAGCACAGCCCCUUCCCAACAGUUUUGCUGGCCUGUCUCUGGUUGGGCUGAGUUUCUUGUUGCUGUUUUCAAGUGCAAUGAUUUUUGUCUGUGUAUGAUUUUAUCAGAAAGUUGAAUUGUUUCCUGCUCACACAAUUUGAUCAAGCCCAUAGCCCAGGAAGGAAAGGCAUUGUUAGUCUAAAAUUAUACCUCAUUGUUAGAAGGAGGCAUGGCCGCAUGUAAAGAAAUGGUGAUCCUACUUCAAGAAAAUUGAACCGGCAAUACCCACACCCCAACACUGAUCUAUGGGGUCAGGAGCAGGGAGGGUGGACUAGGCAAGAGAGAGAGGUUCUACCCAGAGACCAGCCACCUAUGUUUUCCAAAUACGAUAAAGCUGGGAUUCAGCUUCAAAGUAGAGUAGAAAAAAAAAUAUUUCAUUCUUAAUUGUUCUAGUUCUUGAUGGUUUUUCUUCCGCAUUAACAGUCGAGUGUUUCUUCCUUGGCCCUCUUGGACUCAUGUCGCCAGCCUGGUUCCUUUCCCACAAACCAGAUCUGUUUCGAAGAGUCGGAAGUCUGACUCUUCAGACGCCGCAGUGAUCUGAGCAAGCUGCGUGCCUAUCCUCUGCAUUGUUUUUUUUUUUUUCACACAUGAGGAGCGAUUUCUGUGAGAACCACAUCGGACGUGAGAACCGCACUUUCUUUCCCCCAAACAGCUGGGAGUUUCUGAAAAGACGGCCAUGAACUGCAGCACGCCAGGACACUGGCUGCCACCUUUUGUUUGUCUUUUAAUUGUCAAGUGUCCCUGUGAAUAUCAACAGAGAUUUCUCUUUGUUUUCUGGGA